AGCUUUCGAAACGAAUCCACGGUGAAAGCGGUCGUGUCGGUUCCGCCGAGUGAAACCAAGGGCCUAGAAAAGAAAAUCCGUCGAGUGCUUUACCCAGGAGAUGAGAGCGCGAACGAACGAGCCAGUCCUUCCUCUGAGCAUGGGGUAGAAAUGUACCUCGGAAGGUCAAUCUGGACCCGGGGCGUCCUGGCCCUCGGACUAGGGGCCCUAUUUUUGCUGGGAUGCAGGUUCGACUCGGACGGCGACGAGUCGUCUGCCUCCGCGUCGCAGCACGUCAACGGGAUCGAUCCGAUCUCGAGGGACUCGAGCUCUCUGCUCAGGGACUAUUUCGUCGUGACCGUCGCGUCAUCUCGAUCUCCGCGGAUCCAACAAGCAGACACGAAAAAGGUGAACACGCUGGACGACGGUCCAGUGACGGUCGGGUCGCGGCAGGAUCCACGUUCAACAGGAGCGUUCAACGGGGUUUAUUCCGAAUGGAGAAAUGUCGAAUCCGACGGGGACGAUGGGCCCGAUUAUUCGGUGGAAACGUCGCUUCCGACCGAUCGGGAGAAGAGCGAACGUUCGGAGGAUUAUCGGCGGUUUGGGAAAGAGAGCGAUUCGAAAUCGCCGCGGAAUGAAGUGCGCGACGAGACGUCCACGGUGUUCGGGCGCGUAGAAGGUGGGAUGGGACGAGAUGAAAAUCAGUUUUUGAACGAGGAUGGCGGGACUCGUGGCGCGUUGAAUGGUACGGGAGUUGGUGAAGGGAGUGUCGUAAAGGAGAAUUUCUCGCGGGACGUGAAUGGAGAACCGAUGAAUGAAGUCGAGGAGAAUUCGAGGCGAAGCUACUCCGUCGACGUAGACUCGAAUUUAUUUACGAUCAACGAUGAGGAACUUGGGAGUGAAAAUAAUAUCGAAGGGAGCAAGUUGAUAGAGACGAACAGCAGACUGGUUCCUUUCGAGCGUUAUUCGAUAGGAAACGAUGCCGGGGACUAUGGCAACACAGAACAGAAUGUCGGGAGACUGGGUGAUCUGACGCAGACGUAUCAUUUAUCUUCUGAAAUUUUCAAUCCCCGGGAAUUAACAAGUGAGAUCGAAGAGGCCGAGUUAAUCGACCAUAGUGUCACCGAGACUCGCGACUCAGGAUUCUCGAAGGGAUCCGUCGAUGAUAUCCAAAGUUCCGGUCGAUUCUUCGACCUGGCGAAAGUCCUGGUUCUCGAAACUUCUCUUCGAAAGUCUGAUAAAAAUUUAGACGGAGAGGAAAGCUCGAGCAGAAAGCGAAACGUUAAAUUAGUCUCGUCCUUCGAAUCUCCUCUGGCGAGAUCAGGAACCGCGCGGCGCGUCGAUGGAACGACGAAGGAUCUCCAUCCUUUUUUUCACGAGGAUCAUAGACCGGCUCGAUCUUCCGCAAAGCUGUUGGAAGCGUUCGGAAGCCGUAACGACCGGUCGAGAGAACGGGAUCACGGAAAGGUCCUUGAAAGAGGAAGACGCGAAACGAGAUCUCGUGAUUCGUCGCCCGAGGGCAGCGAUCUUUCCGCGAAUUUUCGCCCGAUCGACGUGGAAUCCACCGAAAGUGACGGGAAGAUGAACAGAUACGAGAUGAGGGAUCGUCUCGGUCGUCGAAGUAAAACGGAAUUUCUCUUUUCGUUUCUUCCCAGAAGCGAAACGAUCGAGGAAAGAGUGUCGGAUGUCUCGCCAUUGAUUGGCGAACGGUUGACUACAAGAGAAGAGUUAACGGACGCUGGGAAGUUUGUGAAUGAACGAGUCGGUUCGGACGUGUCGUCGGAUAUCGAAAAUGGUGUAAAACGUGUGGAGACAGGAUCGAGCGACGACGGGUCGUCCUUGUUCCCUCGCGUGGCUGCUUCUCAGCGUGAGAGGCGAAUCGCUGUUCGCCGAAAGAGAUACAUGAAUUACUAUUCGCCGCAACCCGUCACCCCCAUGGCGUACGUUCACAUACAGCCAGCUUAUCCUGUCCCAGCGGUUCCACCCGCGAACCGGAAGUGCGUACGAUGCAUGGUUGUUUACAAGCCGUGUCCUUCGUCGUCGAGACAGCCGUCCAGACACUUCUUCCCGACUUAUCCGAAAUAUCAGGAGCCCGCUUCGAAGUGGCACGGGCUCAAAUACGGAUGUCGAUGCAACCCUAUUGGAUCGAUAACUACUGCCUGCGACAUAGUGACAGGGCAGUGCCAAUGUAAAUUUCGCGUUACUGGCAGACAGUGCGACCAAUGUAUGACUGGCUUCUGGGGUUUGGCAACAGGAGCAGGAUGUGCUCCUUGCGAAUGCGAUCCUAUAGGAUCGCAUAACUCUUCUUGCCACGACGAUACAGGACAAUGUUAUUGUAAACCAGGAAUCGGUGGUACACGUUGCGAAACCUGUUUGCCUGGAUAUUAUGGAUUUUCUUCGAACGGAUGUCAAGUUUGCGACCCAUGCGUGCGACCAGGUCAUAUUUGCGAUCCUGACACCGGUCGUUGCGUGUGUCCAAUCAUGACGUUCGGCGAGCACUGCGACAGAUGCAGACCAGGUUCCUGGGACCUGGUACCAGGAAUCGGUUGCAGAGCCUGUGACUGCACUCUAGGCUCUACGAGGCCCCAAUGCGAUCAUCAGGGACAGUGUCCCUGCAGAAUAGGCUACGAUGGGCUUAGGUGUGAAAAAUGCGCGAAGGGUUACUACGGUUAUCCGAGAUGUCGACCUUGUAGCUGUAAUUUCGCAGGUACCUUACAAUGCAACGACGAGGUCUGCGAUUGCAACGAGGAUGGACAAUGCCCUUGCAAGGAGCAUGUAUUUGGAAGGCAAUGCAACAAGUGCAAAGAAGGUACCUUCGGUCUCGCUGUAGACAAUCCAAAGGGAUGCACCGAGUGUUUCUGUUUUGGAAGGACAGCUUCUUGUCAGCAGGCUGAUCUUAGUUGGGGACAUCGUCGGCUGGCACGACCUCGAAUACUUUACGUUAACGACACCAGUAACGAUAUAAUAGUUUCCAAGUUUAGGUCUCAAAUUUUUUUAUCGUCUAUUAAUGGUGGUUUGAAUGUAACGAAUGGCCUCUCAACGAUUCCUGACAUCGAAGGUGACGUGACAAUACCUUCCAACUUAUAUUACAAUUAUCCACUUUACUGGAUGCUGCCCGAACCUUUCCUCGGUGACAAGGUCGUUUCCUACGGAGGAUUUCUAAGAUUUAAAACUUGGACAGAGGGUGGAAUACCUCUAAGGUCAACUAUGCAAUAUCCGGUCGUGCAACUGCAAGGAAACAAGAUCGUCUUGGAAUACUAUUUGCCUUUACCUGUGACUAACAAUCGUUACGACAUCAGAUUUCACGAGUCUUUGUGGCAGCUACAAAACAGGCCGGAUUACAAAGUCACGAGAGAAGUUCUUAUGGUUGCAUUGCAAAACGUGCAGCAUAUUCUCGUGAAAGCUUCCGAUAAUGCAGAAUUCACGAAAACAACUUUACUUGAAGCUUCUAUAGACGCAGCGGUCCUAACACCUACGCAUACACCGUCCUUCGCGACGAGUAUUGAGAUUUGCAAAUGUCCACCAGAAUACAAUAGUACAUCGUGUCAAGAUCCAAGUAUAGGAUACUACAGGUGGUACAAGAACACCACUGUUACGUCGACGAUCAUUAUUGAUCUUGUUGGACAAGCGAAACGCUGUCAGUGUAACGGAAGAUCCGAGGUCUGCGAUAGGGAAACAGGAUAUUGUUUGAAUUGCCGCGGAAAUAGCGCAGGUCCGCAAUGCGAUGCCUGCGCGGAUAGUUUCUACGGAGAUCCAGAAUUCGGUGGUUGCAAACCAUGUCCUUGCCCGCGAACGGAUAAAAGAUUUUCAAACACAUGCAUGGUCCGUGCCGAUGCUGAGCCAAUAUGUGUUUGUAAACCUGGUUACACUGGCAGAACAUGUGAACGGUGUUCUUACGGUUAUUAUGGAUUCCCGAAUCUCCCAGAUGGUAAAUGUGUGCCAUGCAAUUGCAAUCCUGCUGGUAGCCUAAACGAUGAAUGUGAUACGGAAACAGGUCAAUGCAAAUGCAGAGCUGGCUCCACGGGACGAGAUUGCUCUCAAUGUACUGCGUAUCGACAUGUUUAUAUAAACAACGUUUGCACGUCAUGCAAUGACAAUUGCACCGGUGUAUUGCUUGAUACCGUGGCGUUAUUAUCUCAAGAAUUAGCAGAUGGUACCAGUCACAUAGCUGAUGGUUACAUUCCUCCACCAUGGAAAGCUUUAUCUUACAUUGAUUCCAACGUUACCACGUUUUUCGAAGAAAUAGACCGUCAAAAUAAAUUGAAACAACGAAUGGAAAACAUCCCCUGGCAUGAGUACAAGAAACUUCUGAAACACGCUGAAAUGUUGCUUAGAACUGCAAAUGAACAAGCAAAACAGGCAGAUACUUUAAAAUCCAAAAGUAACGAUUUGAAGAAUAAUUUAUUUAGCGCGAAAAUCGAAGUGGACAAUUUAAGAAAACAUAUUGAUGAAACAAUUUUACGAUUGAAUCAAUACAGCAACGACAACAAAAGAAUAGAGAUCAAGAAAGCAUUGAAAAUGGCCAAAAUGAUUUUAAACAGUUUGAAAGCUGUUAAUCUAACGACAAAAACGAUGGAAAUAGAAAGCUUCCUCGAGGACAUCGGGGAAUACACCGAUUGGUUGAAAUCAUUGUAUGAUGCAACAGAACCCUUCGCAAUUGCUCACGAUGAUGCGGAAGAAUAUUCUGUGAAACUAACUGAUAUGAGAAAUGUAAUUGAAGACGCCAUGGACACAUUGUUCGACUAUGACAGUUUAUACAACAAUAUCAACCAGACUUUCGUAGAGUCUAAAAAUGAUUGUAACGAGAUUAAUGCCCUGUGGAAGGAAGUCAACGAAUCAAUUAUCACGGGCAAAAAGAUGACAGACGAAACACAGGGUUUUGUAGUUGAUAUUCAAAAUAAUGUACAGGAUCUCCCAGAAUUGCAGAAUAAAUUGAACUAUUGGUUUGAUAAACUGAGUAUGAAAGAAGAAUUACUGUACAGAUUAAAUUACGAAUAUAAUGACAAAUAUGUAGUGCCAGCGGUUCAGCAUGCGAAGAAUUUAUCAAACUACGUUGAUCAAUAUGUCAGUCUGUUUUCUGAGACAAGGAGCAUAGCAGCUAGCCCAUUGAAAGCCAGUCAAGCGUACAAGAACAUCGUCGAUAACAUUAACGCAGCAAAUGUCACAGCAAUGGCAGCUAAAGAUAUCACCGAGGACAUAUACAACAAGACAUUUCCCAACGGUCCCAAAUCGAAGUCGCUUUUAGACAACGCAGAAGAAAUAUCAAUGGCGUCCUCCAAACAAAUGGACAGCGCAAAAAAGCAUAGAAAAUUGGUGGAAAAUGCAAAUGACGAACUGGAUAUUCAAAAGAAAGCUGUGACUACUUUGAAAAAUACUUUGAAUAACACUGGAAUCAGAGAUAAUAAGAUCAAUAUGGAAUUGCAAAACUUACAAGACGAUAGCAAGAAGUUACGUGAGGGUAUUCAAAAUGUAUUAGAGGAUAACGAAGAAGUAUUGGAAAGCAUGCAGGAAACGCAAAAGCUUAUCAAUGAUUAUACUGAAGGAAUUGCUGACAGAUUGAAACCAAAGAUGUACGAACUGAAAGAAGAAGGCGAUUCGAAGAUUAGUCUAGCUAGUGAAAAAUUGACUGAAGCUCUGAGUAAGAUAAAGGAAGCAGAUGCAAAAUUGAUAAGCUUAUCAAACGCUGCUAUAAAAAGAAAAAAUGUAUUUGAUAAGUGGAAUGAUACAUUGGCUACAAAAUUACAGAAUCUCAAAGACAAAAUCGCCGAGGCUAGAAACACAGCUGACGGGAUUCGCGUUUCAAUGAAAUCAGCCGAUGGGAAAGAAUGCAUUCGCUCGUACAAACUAUCAACGUUGCAGCCGACAUCCACAAAUACGAUAGUGAUGACUUUUGCACUUCCGAAAGGCAAGGAAGAGGGUUCCCUGUUUUACCUACCGAGUAGCAUAAACGAUGAUUUCAUUGCGUUGGAGAUUGUCAACAGAAGAGUGCGAUUUGUUUGGAACGUUGGCGGGGACACAGGAUUUCUUACUCAUUCUGAAGUCAUCGAAAGUGGUAACAUUCGGGAUGAUAGAUUCUGGUAUCGCAUCGAGGCAGAAAGAAUCCGCCAUGUAGGUAAAUUACUGGUACGAAAACAGUCGUCAACAAUUGGAAGAAAAAUUGAGACUAUGACGAAUAAGACUGAAUCAAAAUACAGUCGUUUCGACAUUACAACGUCGGAUCGCGUGUGGAUCGGAGGAAUCCCCAAGGAUUUGUCUCAACGAAGACGAAUAGAAUUAAUCUCGACAAGCGGACUGCCAGGUUGCGUACACCGGGUUAUUCUGGAUGGGAAAUCUAUAGGUCUCUGGAAUUUCAUUACAACUGCGCCGGAUAUGGCGUGCAUAGCAUGCGUGGAAGGGUUGGAAGAUGCCAGGGAUGACACAACUUACAGUUUUAAUGGAGAAGGUUACGCAGUCAGAAACAGAGUAUCUUCAGGGCCUUAUAACAAAUAUAUAUUCGGCGUCUCAAUGAAUUUCCGGACCUACGACGAGAAUGCUUUGUUAUUUUUAGCCUUUAAUCCACUUAAUAACCAGCAUAUCAUGAUAUUUCUGCGAGAAGGAAAAGUGAUCUUCCGGGUCGGUUACGGUGGCAAUGUCAGUAUCGAAAUGUCCUCGAAGCAAAAGCACAAUAACGGAAAUUGGACGAAAGUGAACGCGUUUAGGCAGUAUCACCUUGAUAAGAACAUUGAACAGUGCACAUUGAGAGUUGGCGAAAAAGAUGACACAACAUUUGGUGCCCCUACACCUCAGCCCAAAAAGGAAGACUUUCCUGAUCUCGCGCAAGCCAAAUAUUACAUUGGUGGUGUACCGCCAAGUUUUAGGGCGGAGAAAUUAAUGUUGCCAUCUCAGGUGUCUUUCCUCGGUUGCAUGUCUAAUAUUGUCAUUCAAGAGGGUUAUGAUCCAAUGGCAGAACAGUAUUACGGGGUUGAGCCUAGUUGCGGGAAUAAAGCACUAAAAAUAGUUGGAUUCUACGGGAAUGGAUAUUUAGAACAUUCAUCAUUCACACUGAAGAAACUAAAUUCCACGGUGAGCUUUUCUUUCAGAACAAUGCAGACAGAAGCGGUACUCCUUCUUUCUACGUUUGAAGGACAAGAGGAGCGAAUAAACAACAUAGGGCUCCGAAAUAUAGAAUCAAAUAGAAAUAGUUAUUACUCUGUAUGUGUAAUCAACGGACAAGUACAAGUACGGAUGAAUGCUGGAAGAGGAAAACUCGUUCUACAAUCGAAUGUCACUUUUAAUGAUGGAAGAUACCACUCCGUAACAAUUAUUAAAAGUAAAAGGAACGUUGAGUUAUGGAUAGACGAUGCUCUUCAGAAUAAAGGUGUAUUAGCAACAAGAUCCGCCAUUAAAGCUCCCGGAGUAUACGGAGGAUUGUUCUUCGGAGGAUUGCCAGAACUUAUUAACAAUACCAAAAUGAUCGCUACUACCACUCCUUUAUAUGGCGCCAUCAAGGAUGCAAUAUUUGAUGAUGAAAAAAAUGUUACUAUCAUUCGAUUUGAUGAAGUUAUUAAUUUUGAACACGCACUUAUUGGCCGUCCUGGACCAAGCAUGGGAAAAGAUCCUCCAACUUAUACACCGUCUGCAUCUUUAUCCACUCAACCUGAAGGAUGUCUGAAAGUGCCGUAUUAUUCCUUGGAACCUGGCGCUUUGAAAUUCGGGGAUAAGCCAAAUAGUCACACUCAAUUGUAUUUAAAUAUUAAAAAAUUCUGGGAGAAGAAAUAUGCAAUAGAAUUUGACUUUAGAACGUACUAUCCGAACGGCUUGCUAUUUAUUACUCCUGGCAUGAGACCAAAGUAUUACCUUAUGAUUGUUGUACAAGAUGGACAGUUGUUACUUUUGGUAAAAACCAGGAAAAAGAGAGAAAGCAGAAAAGAAAUACUGUUCAAGACGCCCUUCAACGAUGGCAACUGGCAUCAUGUUGUGAUUAGUCAUGAUAGAAGGAAACUAACGUUGCUUGUAGAUUCGCAAACGCCUAGCACGAUUAAAGUGCCAAAAAAUAUUGGAUUGGCUCCCAUGAUGUACAUUGGAGGGCUUCCUGAGAGUGGAACACUUAUUCCUGAGCAAGUAGUGGUUAAACUGGAAACACUAAAGGGAUGUAUCAGAGGGUUAAGAGUGAAUGGAAACGUGUACGAUAUGGUUGGCUCCACGAGCAAAGCUUACCAAGUGGGCCAAUGCUUUCCGAACGUUGAAAGUGGAGCCUACUUCCAAGAUGAGGCGUACGCUAUAUACAAAAGAAAUUUCGAAUUAGGUGCAGUGUUGGAACUUCAGUUAGAAUUUAGAACAUCAGAAUUAUCAGGAGUAUUACUUUCUAUAACGGCACCAGGUAAUUCGCCUUCGUUAUCGUUGGAACUGAACAAUGGUAAAAUAAUUAUGUCAGGCGAUUUGGGAUACAACAAUCCGUUGUAUGUAGAACAACGUUUUACUAGUCCAUACACGAUUUGUGACAAUCGGUGGCACAGAAUACAAGCGGUCUAUAACGAUGAACAAUUGGCACUAAAAGUUGACGAGUUAGAUCAAAAAUAUGGUCUUCCAAUCAGUGUCAAUUAUCAUAUAAUGGGUUCUACAGCCUUUGGACCUCUGUACAUUGGUGGCUUGCCAGCCUCUGCUCCCAAAGGAACGUUAAUAACGAGGGAUCACUUCAACGGAUGUAUAAGAAACGUAAUGAUAGGAGGAGAGAGACGCGAUUGGACAGACAUGGACGAGUUGCAUAAUAUUCACUUGAGCUCCUGCCCAGUACAAUGAUAAUCAGUACAAUACGUGAACUCCUCCGAGUCGUUCAAUUUAGUUCCAAAGACUGUUCAAAGGACACACAAUGCUUGAAAUGUUUCUGUGAACUGUUUUUAAUGCAAUUGCACACUGGGAUCAAGUGCCAUAUCGUGAUGGGAAAUCUGUAAUUGUUAAGACGUAAGACUAAACCAAGCCAAAAGAUGCUAACAUACGAACAUAUAAAAUCUACAUCUCUGUGUUUCUCAAACUUGUUUUUCUUUUCACGGUGCAAGAUCGUUCUUUUGUAGCAACAGAUUCUUGCAAAACUUGUGUAAGCAGUUUGCUGAAAUGUUAUUCGAGGUCUCGAAAUAUUUGACGCUACUAUUUAUAUUAUCAUUGAAAAUCACAUUUUUGUAAAAAAGAAAUGCUAUGAAUGCAAUGUAAAAAGAUGAAUUAAUAGUUGCGAAUAACUUGUACAUACGACAAAGGCUUUCAAUUAAAACUUUUAUGCAUUUUAUUUUAACUGCAUAAAUUCUGUGCUCUUCAUUAAUUUGAGUAAAAACGUCAUAAAGUACGCUAUUAUGUAAAGUAAUUGAAAAUUUUGUAACAAACGGACAAAAGAUUUAAUAAAGUUUGGGAAAGUGUAGUAUACUAGAAAAAUAACAAUAAUUUAAAAACUUAUUUUGAAAACAAUUUUAUCUAAUCUUUUAUGAUUCUAAAUUAAGUGACAUUGACUUGAUGUACCACCAGUUACAUUUUUUAGACAACACAGCAAUUUAAUUUAUACAAAAUUUGAAAAAUAUUACAAUUAUGUAAUAUGAAUGGAAUAAUAAUUUAAAAUAGAAAUAAUUCAUUGCUCUUCAUAUUGCCAUUCCAAUAGAUAUUUUAAUAAUAAUAAUAAUAAUAAUAAUAAUAAUAAUAAUAUUUAUAAAAAUAUUUUGAAGAUCUUGUAUUCUACAUAUAUCUCUGCGUCAUAAUAAAUCUUACGACGUACGACCUAGUACAAACUUGAAAUAAAGGAUUGUAAGAAGUUAACGUAUAACUUACGAAGAAAAUGUGAACAAAGUUAAUGAAAUUAUUCGACACAUAUCUAUAAUAUCAACAAGUGAAGCGUAAUAGAUAGUAAAAAUGAAUAUUUAUUCGUCAUCAGAAAUAAUUUCUACGGCGUAUAUCACCCAGUAAAUUUGCAAAACAUAGUUUGAGAAACGACUUUAAAAUCGUUAACAAAUUAUGGCACAAAUUCGCGUCGAAUUGUAUCGUAAACUAAGUAUAAAACAAAUAUUACGACAUACAUGUAAGUAGUAAGAUCACUGCCAUAUAAUUUAAUUGUAACUCACUUGUAAGUCACAAAACAUUGUACAUCAGUAUUUAAAACUAUUUAUUAUCGUUAAUGUAAGUGUAACAGCGAUUUCGAUCGAGAGCGUGCAAAGUGCAUUAAAUGCGCUCGAUCAGAACCGCGUAAUAAAAAGAAAAAGGACAAACGAAAUGAAAUUAUUUUGUACUUUUGUAGCGGUAGUAAGGUAUCGAGUUAUAAUAUUUAAGACGAUUGAAAGCGAACACGCGAGAAAGUCAUACCUAGCGCCCUGUAAAGUGUCCUUAACGAAUUAAGUCGUACGUGUAGGGAAGAAAUGUUCUUCACAAGAAUAUUUUAAUAUUUAUGUCUAGUAUUUUUCUUAUUCGUUGAAUUGUAAUAUAUUAUACA